GAGACCCGCCCCCCGGCCGCCGCCGCCGCCGACGACGACGACGAUGACGCGCGCAGCUACGGGCGCGAUCGCCGCGGCGAUCCUGCGCGGGCAGGUCCCGCUCAUGGCGCCGCCGGCGUCGCGCGCGUUCCCCGGCCUCGCCGCUGCCGCGACGCGCUUCGCUCCCUCCUCAUUCUCGUCCUCGACGCAGCUUCCCCACCUCCCGCGCCUCCGCCUCUGUGCGUCGCGUGCGCCGAGCUGCACGGAACUUGCCGCCCUCUCGGCCGCGUAUGAGCUGCUCGACGUAACGCCUCGCCCCGCUGAUUGCUUGUUUGCUCCUCUUCCAGCGCGCUCAUUCUGCGGCGUCGCCCGCUCGUCUCCCGGUGGCGCGGCCCCUGGCUCCUCGGUGGAGGGGGACCAACCGUUGCAGUCCGAGCUAAUCUUCAUCGGCACGGGCACCAGCGAGGGCAUCCCACGUGUCAGCUGCCUCACACACCCCACCAAGACUUGCCCCGUUUGCACCAAGGCAGCCGAGCCGGGGAACCCGAACAGAAGGCGCAACACCUCUAUCCUCCUGCGCCACGCCACAGCUUCUGGUACUGCUAACAUCCUCGUCGAUGCCGGCAAGUUCUUCUACCACUCUGCGCUCCAGUGGUUCCCUGCGUUUGGGUUGCGGACGGUCGACGCUGUCAUCAUUACCCACUCUCAUGCUGACGCCAUUGGAGGGCUUGAUUGUCUUCGUGAUUGGACGAACAAUGUGCAGCCAUCAAUCCCAAUUUAUGUGGCGGAGCGUGAUUAUGAGGUGAUGAAGAUGACCCACUAUUAUUUGAUUGACACAAGUGUAGUUAUACCUGGAGCGGCAGUUUCAGCAUUGCAAUUCAACAUUAUAAAUGAGGAACCAUUCAUGGUUCACAAUCUUGAGGUGAUUCCUUUACCUGUUUGGCAUGGUCAGGGUUACCGUUCUCUUGGUUUUCGUUUUGCUGACAUAUGCUACAUAAGUGAUGUCAGUGAUAUACCUGAAGAAACCUACAAGCUUCUGGAAAACUGUGAACUUCUCAUAAUGGAUGCUCUAAGACCUGAUCGUUCUUCAUCAACACACUUUGGACUACCCAGGGCCAUCGACGAAGUUAGGAAAAUCAAACCAAAGAAAACACUGUUUACUGGAAUGAUGCACUUAAUAGACCAUGAGAAAGUAAAUAAUGAUCUUUCCGGGCUGAUGGAAACAGAGGGUCUUGACAUCCAGCUUAGCUAUGACGGUCUCAGGAUACCUGUAAGGCUCUAGAAUUGUUAUUUUAUUUGGAACACACCCAUUGUUUUAUCUGUUAGGUGCUGCUAAUUAAUGAUUGUGGAGUUUCUUUAGUCCCAGUUGAGUAAAAUGAUUACCAAAUGAUGUACUGUUGAGCCUGGUGCUUUGAGAGUUUAACUUUUAAACACCCCCCCCCCCCUCUCUCAAAAGAGGAAACUUAUGUGGCAAUGUCAAACCAUUAUUAUCCAGUUGAAUAAAGUCAGAUUAUUGAUUU